CCGGCGAAGGACGAAAGACUGUGGUCACAGACUACGAUGUAAUGUCUAAAACUCAAAUAAACCAAGUCACAUUGCACACGAAAGUAUUAGAGGUCCUGCACUCCUGCCACGGUUGUAAAGAAAGCAUUGGCAUGAAAAUCCUCGUUUACAAUGUCUGUUAGGUUGACGUGACAGAAAAUGAGAAAACUUGACGAAUGCGACAAUGUCGUUGACCAUCGGUUUUCCGAGCAAGUGAAUUUCAGAAUUCAAAAUAACAGAUAUUCAGAAGGUCGACGCAGUAUCGAAGAAACAAGACGAAGCCAAUAAUUCAUUUCGAAGGAGAAGCACGACAAAUUGAUUUUCCUAUGCAUCGAUGAACCUUGACUUAUGUUGUCGACUUUAUCGCUUCUAGUCUGGACUCUGGCGGACUGCAACUUUGAACAGCUUUUGAAGGAAAAUAUCGUUUAAUUUAAUGGCCAGGCAGGCUAGCAAACUAAUAAAGUUUCUCUUCGACGCCCAAUCCGCUCAACGGUCAACACCUCCGCGUAAUCUGGACACUUUGGAGUGGAAAUCCCAAAGGACUUAUUGGGCCGCUGAAAGGAGGCAUAAUUCUAGAUACUUUAUCCUCACGUUUAAAUUUUACGUACGAGAUGGUUCGGGUGACGGAAUACAGACUGGAACCACCAGAAAAUGGACGCGGACUUUUUAACUAUUUGUGGGAUCAACAAUGCGAUUUGCUGGCACAAGAUGUGUUGCCUACCUUCCAGCGCAAUAGAAUCGUCGACCUGACAACCUAUUGGUAUUACGGGGAUUUAGUUUUCCUCAUUCCCGUGCCUGAUGAAACGGCCAACAUAAACUCCGUCGUUAAACCAUUUCAAUGGAAGGUCUGGCUAGCCAUCGGGGUAUCGAUCGUUUGCGUCAUCGCAGUUUUAAAUUUAAUUCAGCACUUGGAAUAUCGAUCCGCAUUCAUUACGGAUUUUAGACCAAACAAUAAACCACUGCCCAAAAACUACACGAACGAUGAUCAACUUCGGCCUGAGUUAGUCAAUGGAAAAAAGCUACAGUUUAAGAAAUGGCAAACCGGAAAACAGUACCUCUACGUUUUUGGCAAUUUGCUUUCACAAGGUGGCUUUUGCCCAUCGAAAUGGCUACCCUUUCGACUAGUCGCUGGCGUAUGGACCCUGGCCGCUUUCUUCUUCGUCCAGUCCUACACUUCAACUCUGUUCACUUACGUUGUGACGCCAAUCAAUCCACCGCUAAUUAACUCUGUCAAUGACAUUGUUGACAGUGGCGACAUCAAUUUACUCGUCCGAGAAACAGGAUUUUUAAAUACGUUACUUUUGGCCACCAAUCACACGGGACUAUUCUUGGCAUUACAAAAGAAACUCGAUUCUUUCCCUAAAUCUCGAUGUGUAUCUCCGUCUGAAUGCACCAAAUUGAUGACACCAGGUUCAAGAAAUGUCUUCGUUGAUGCAAAGGCUUUUGUAAUGGAUGAAAUCAGGAAAGAUUUUAAAAAGAAGGGCCAAUGCAAUUUCCAAUUAGCCAAAGAAAGUUUCAUCAGUACCAUGGCGUCGUUUGCCCUGGCAAAAAACAGUCCCUACACCCAAAAAAUUUCCCAGGGAAUAUUGGAACUGCUACAGAUUGGCCUCAUCGACCACUGGGACACGUGGUUCCGCCCCAUGCCUCCGCAGUGUAAUGGAAAACCACAAAGUGGUGGAAGCAAGAAAAAGAAACUUUCGCCACUUUCCCUGAAAAAUUUAACUAGCGCAUUUAUAGUUUUAUUUGUUGGACUAAUCUUUUCUUUUUUGACUUUUCUCGGAGAAAAAAUUAUUUCUAUCCGUAAAUGACAUCACAAAAGUACGCGCAAAAACAUCAAGGGUGCAGCAUGAGCCAAAUGACUUAAUUAAUCCGAAAUUGCCCAGCAAGUUGAACCCUUAUUCAUCCUUAAAAUUAGCUUAGAUUGAAUAAUUAUACUAAUCUUUAGGUACUAGAACCUUUUUGACAUCUCCUUUUUUCGCAUUUAUUCUCUCGCUCAUCCGCAUUCCGCCCUUUAAAUUUAUCUACGACUGACAUUUUAUAAUAUCUAGUGUCUGAAUUGCCAACUUCUGGCGGAAAACUUUUUCUCAUCAGCUAAAUAGUUUGUAAAAAUGGCGGAAUGAAAAUUUUCUUGAUCGAA